AUGUUGACGUCCCUUCUUGCCGCCGGUGCUGCUUUCGCCGGUGCUGCGCUCGCCGAUGUCGACCCCGUCAUUGCGUACGGUAGCAAGUUUUUCUACAAGACCAACGGCACUCAGUUCUUCAUCAAGGGUGUUGCGUAUCAGGAGCCUUCAUCCAGCUCUACCGACUUCAUCGACCCUCUGGCCGAUAUUGACAGUUGCAAACGUGAUAUUCCUUACUUGACUGCCAUCCAAACAAACACCAUUCGUGUCUACGGAGUCGACGCCAACUCCUCGCAUGCCGACUGUGUGAACGCCUUUGCUGAUGCCGAUAUUUACCUGAUCAUCGACUUGGGCUCACCCACCGAUUCCAUUAACCGUGACGACCCUAGCUGGGAUGUGAGUUUGUACGAGCGCUACACUUCAGUUAUCGACAACUUCGCCAACUACACCAACGUCAUCGGUUUCUUUGCUGGAAAUGAAGUCAGUAACACCGUCAACACUACUCAGGCCAGUGCUUUCGUCAAGGCUGCUGUGCGCGAUUCCAAGGCCUACAUUAAAGAGAAGGGAUACAACAAGAGCGUUGGUUAUGCCGCUGCUGAUGUCACCGACAUCCGCUACCAGCUAGCUGACUACAUGAACUGCAAUUCCGAAGAUGAGUCUGUCGACUUCUUUGGUGACAACGUUUAUGAGUGGUGUGGAGAUUCCUCCUUUACCGAGUCUGGUUACAACAAAAUUGCCUCCAACUUCGCCAACUACUCUGUGCCCUACUUCUUUGCCGAAUAUGGUUGCAACACUGUCAACCCCCGUACAUUCACUAACAUUCCCACCAUGUACGGCUCCGAGAUGUCAUACAUGCUGAACGGUGGUAUCGUCUACGAAUAUUUCAAUGAUGACAAUGACUACGGUCUCGUCACCCUCUCCGGCUCCAGCAUCAGCACUCUCACCGACUACAGUGCUUUCUCCACUGAGAUCCCCAGCGCUACCCCUACUGGUACCUCGCGAUCUGACUACACCAUUUCCAACACCGCUCUUCAAGCUUGCCCUUCAGUCGACUCCAACUGGGAAGCUUCUUCAGUCCUUCCCCCAACUCCUGAUUCAGAGCUCUGUGCCUGUAUGGUUGCCUCUUUGACCUGUGUUGUUUCUGACAGCGUGUCCAGCGACGGCAUUUCUGACUUGUUCGACUACCUCUACGGUCUCGACGACACCGCCUACACUUCUGGCAUUUCCACCAACGCAACCAGCGGUAAGUAUGGUGCUUACAGUAUGUGCAGCUCCAAGGACCAGCUCUCCUGGGCCCUGAAUGCAUACUACGAGGCGCAAUCUGCUGCUGGCAACUCAGACUCCGCUUGCUCCUUCAGCGGUUCUGCUAGCACCCAAUCUGCUACCACUUCCGGCAGCUCCUGCUCUACCAAGUUGGCUGCCGUCGGUACUGCUGGUACCGGCACUGUUUCCGGUUCUGCUGCCACUGCCACUGGCACUGCUGGUAGCACUUCCACCUCCGGCAGCGGAGCAUACAGCAACGCCCCCAGCGCCGUCUUUGUCGGCUCCUGGCAAUUGGGUGCUUACAUUUUCGCCGCUGUUCUCAGCGGUGGCGCCAUGCUUGUUCUGUAA